GGAAGCAACAAAUUAAAUUAGUUUUAACUUUUAAAAUGGCUGAAAAUAUUACAGAGAAAGCUACACCUUCUGUCUCCUUUAAAUUAAGUGCUACCGGCUCUAAUAAACGCGGAGCCUCAUCUUUUAAAAGAAGCAGCGACACUGAGGGCAACGACAAGCAAGAUAAAGACUACAUACUGUCAGUGGAAGACAAAAAAUUGAACAGUGCCGUUCCGAAGCCCCCACCUCGUGAGUACAUCAUCCCACUAAUUAAAACCAAUAUCUGGCGGAAUCCUACUCAAGAUGUGGGUGUGGUUAACCCAGAGCAGGCCACAGCCACUGAGAGACUCAAUAGACUAAAGGGGGUGGAGUCAGGAUCAGUGGCCACGCCUUCUGAGGAGACCAAAGAGACUGAUAUGAAUAUAAUAGCUGCUAAGGCGAUACUGGAAGAUAUAAGAUCCGGUGUAUUUGGAGAGGAUCAAAGAGGAGGAGGAGGAGGAGGGAAGGCUGAGGGUGGCCUGGUCAUUCCAUUGAUAAUGCAGAACAAACCUCCUGUCCAAGCUGACGAUGAUAAACUAACUGACCUACCCUACCGACCAGAAGAGAGUACCCUCAGUGAUUAUGCUAGUAUGCCAAUUGAACACUUUGGGUCAGCCAUGUUGAAAGGAAUGGGCUGGAAGCCAGGCCAAGCCAUUGGACUCAACAAGAAGGGAUUGAUUGAACCGAUUGAGUACAUACCACAUCCAGGGGGUCUGGGACUGGGGGCCACCCCUAAACCCCCCGACCCAAAGAAGAAAAACAGGAUAAAGAAACCAGGAGAAAUUGAGAUAAAAAGACCGAAGCCUUAUAAAGAUAAAGAUGGCCGUGUGAGACAUGUCAAGAAAAUUGGAGAAGAAAUACCAGAAGAGAAACCAGAAGGUUUUCAUGUGGGGAACUUUGCUCGAGUGAUUGACGGACCUCAUGAAGAUCUUUAUGGAAAAAUUGUUUCGGUCGAUGAGAAAAAUUCAACACUCGUCCUUAGACUAGUCAUUAACAAUGAGAAUCUGAGAUUUAGUACGAAUCAUCUUGAAGUUGUGUCUGAAGAAGAAUUCAAAAGAUUUGGAAGAUCAACAAAUGUCAAAAGAGAAUCUAAACCAUUUGAAAAAGAAUACGGACUUAUCUUGUCUAAUAGAUCAACCUCCUCUCUUGACUCUAAUAAUAUUUCAUCUCAAAGAAAGAAGCGCCCGAUUUCUCCCCCUACUCCUCCUUCUAUCUCCAAAGAAGAAGAGCUCAGUAGGAAACCAAAACGAGACCCAUACUCUGGAAGGAGUGAGGAAGGAGAGACAGAGAGAGCCUUUAGUCACAAGGAAAGAAAAGACAAAGAUGGCAGAGAAAAGAGGAGAGAGAAAGAUGGUGGCAGUGCCAAGAGAAGUACAAGGGAUGAUAGUAGACACAAGAGAGGGAAAGAGCAAAUUAAAAGAGAGAGGGAGCAUGAUGACAAGGAGAAGGAGGGUCGCCCUGUCAAGAAAUAUUCAAAAGUGUCUUUGCAUAAAAGUAAUGAUGACAUUUGGGUAUCAUCAAAUCUUAAAGUACGCAUCAUCGACAAGGAGUUUAAUGGAGGGAAAUAUUACAACAAAAAAGUAGUUGUUAUUGAUGUCAUCCGCAUUGAUAAUUGUAUCUGUCAGACUGAAGACGGAAGGUUAUUAGAAGGGUUAAGUCAGGCAAUGCUAGAGACAAUAGUUCCCAAAACUGAUGAAGCAGCUGUGAUGAUAGUGUCAGGAGAGAGGAAGAGAGAGUUUGCUAGUAUAAUUCAAAGAAACAGUAGCAGCUGUCAGGCGUUGGUUAGGGUGAUGCAUUCAGAUGACAUAUUAACAUUAGGAUAUGAUGAACUCUGUGAAUACGUUGGGAGAGAUGUCAGUGACAGAUAGCAUUCAUUUUUACCUGUACAAUGUACAAUUUUAAAUAAUAAUAUUUAAUAAUUAUU